UUAGAAAAAAAAUCACGAAAAAGCGUAAAUUUUCAAUUAUUUUUGUUAAAAAUCAGAACAACUAAUAAUACAUUUAUUAUAAACCAAUAAAAUGGGAUGUGAUGGAGGUACUAUACCCAGACGCGAUGAGUUGGUGCGCCUAAAAAAGAAACCAGAACAGAAAGACAAAGAUGCUGAACGUGAAUUUCGUUGGCUGCACUGUGCCUUAACCCAGCAACGUCUGCAAGAACCCAUUGUUAUGUGUGGUUUAGGGCGUUUGUAUUCUAAGCAAAAUGUCAUUGAACAAUUGUUGGAAAAGGAUAAAAUGCCAGAAGCAGUUAAGCACAUUAAAAAUAUGAAAGAUAUUAAAGAGUUGAAUUUAACACCCAAUCCUGCCUUUACUGAAGAAGACAAAACCGAAGGUUUACUAGAUACCAGACAUGCUCCCUAUGUUUGUAAAUUGAUUGGCUUGGAAAUGUCUGGAAAAUUUCGUUUUGUAGGGUUAUGGACCUGUGGCUGUGUUAUGUCCGAAAGAGCUUUAAAAGAAAUCAAAUGCAGUUCCUCGGGCACUUGUCCAAGCUGUCAACAACCAUUUGCCGUGGAGGAUGUCAUUGUCUUAAAUGCUAGCGAUGAGGAUUUGGAAUUGAUGAAAGUUAAAAUCGAAAUGCGACAGGCUAAAAAGAAAGCUAGCAAAAAAGAUAAGAAAGAUAAAAAGUCGAAAGUAAAUGGUGCAGAAUUGGAAGUAAAAGAAGAAACAAAAUCUUCAUCUGAAACGCAAGAUCCAAAUUUACCAUCAACCAGCAAAUCUGCUGCAGAAGAAACAACAAGCUCUGAAUCAAAAGUUAAUGGCGCUUCAACCUCUUCAUCAUCCCAAUCAGUUAAACAUAAACUUGUAGCUAAUCCCAAACGUUUAGGAAUCACUUCAGGCGCUUUAGAGGAUCCCGAGAUAAAACGUUUGAAGACCGAUUAUAGUGUGGCCAAAGAUCCCAAAGCCAGUGAUGUCUAUAAAUCAUUAUUUACCUCACACAAAAGUGAACAAGAACAGACAAGAGCCCAUUGGGUUACUUAUAAUCCCUUUUAUAAUUAAUCGUUUAAUCUAGUGUAAUUUAGUUAAGAUUCUAUAACAAUAUUAUGGAAAAUUUAAAAAUUUUUUGUUUUGACAAGUAAACUCUGUACAUUAUUUGCCUGAUUAAGGUGUUUAAUAAUAAAUGCAUUGCAGAAAUAAUUCUUAAUAAAAUUAAUAA